AUGCUAGACUUCUUUAUACAAACUUUUGGUAAUAUUAAUCGCCCGCGACCUGAUACGGAUGUACGGAUGAGGUCGCGGGCCAUUAAUAUUACCAAAAGUGUUGGUGAUGACGUGUUGUCUGUUAGACUGUGUUUUUUGUUUUCAUUCUUUUGUGGGGCAUUGGCGAAUAUUGCUGGCUUCAAUCGCUCAAUUGAAACCGUUUGUUCAUCACCAGCCAAUGUCUCUCUGAUAAAAUAUUUUUCUUCCUUUUUUAUUACUUUGUAUGGUCCCGAAUAUGGAGCUUCCAGGGCUUUGGGAGCAUUUUUUAAAAAUUAUAUCCAACUUUUGUCAGGUCAGCUGACAUUUCUUCUGCUGUUGUUUUUCAUUGCUUUUGGGCCUCCAUUUGCAAUGUUCAUCUUCACAAUUGCUAAGGACCCACUUCGUGUCAUUGUUCUCAUUGCAAGUAGUUUCUUCUGGUUACUUUCCCUCCUGCUUUCUUCGAUAUUAUGGUUUGCACUUAAGCAAAUCUGGAAUGGAAAUCAACUUCGCUAUUCACUCAUAUUUGGACUUGUAUUCUCUGUGUUUUUUCAAGAACUUUUUCGUUAUUUGUUUUAUAAAAUGUUAAGGAAGGCAGAUGAAGGACUGCAACGAGUUAGCCAGCAAGGGCAAAACUCCAACAUCCUUCCUAAAGACAUCACAAACAAAAGCAUCAUGGCUUAUGUCUCUGGGCUUGGAUUUGGAAUUAUUUGUGGUGCUUUCUCACUGGUAAAUGUAUUAGCUGAUAUGAUAGGACCUGGAACAGUUGGUAUUAAAGGAGAUUCACAGUACUUCUUCCUUGCAUCAGCUUUCUUGACUUUGGCUUUUGUGUUUCUCCACACUUUCUGGGGAGUGAUUUGUUUCAUGGCCUGGGACAAAAAACGUUACUUGUUUGUAGUUAUUGUUGUUGCGAGUCACAUGUUCACUUCUUCAUUGACUUACCUAAAUGGAUUGAAUCCUGCCGAUUCCCAGCAGAAUUACCUAGCCACUAUAAUCACGGCAUAUAUUGUGAUGAUAAUGAUGGGAUCGCUGGCCUUCAAAGUAUCUGGAGGGUCCAUUAAAUCAAUGAAGCUUGCUUUAAGCAAAUAUCCCAAACCGGGUUUGUUACGCCAAUCGUGCCAUUAUUUCUGUGUCAGCUCUCCUCAAAGACUCUACAGACCUUUACGACGAUCCUUUGAUCAUUUCAAGAAUCAACGUUAUGGCAGCAUUAAAAAUAGGAUAUUAUUAUCGCAGAAGAAUAUUAACGAGAUGCACAGAAAUGGUCGGAUGUUUUCAAAUGAGUCUGAUCAACAAGUAAAUUUCGAUGACAUUUCAGAAGAAGAGUUGGAGGAAUUAUUGCAGUCGGAUCCCAAGUAUCAAGAAUGUGUCUUGGAAUAUUACAACAUUCCAAACACCGGCCAACGAGUUUUCCUAAUUCAACCAGAUAUCAAAUGGGGGCCACAGAAACCUCUCAGUUCUAUUAAGAACCAACUUGAAGAAUCAAUUGCAUUGGUAAAUACUCUCAAGAACUGGAAGGUUGUCGGUCAUAAAGUUGUCAGCAGCAAAACACCUCAAAAGAUGCAAAUUUUUGGCAAGGGUAAUUUUGCAGAACUCACGGAACAGAUACAACAAUGCCCAGCAGUUUCUGCCAUCUUUCUCAGCAUUGAGAUGUUAAAUGGCGUCCAGUGGUCCUAUUUGCAGAAGGUGUGGAAUAUCCCCGUCUAUGACAGGUACACUAUUAUUCUACAGAUAUUUAAGGAACAUGCCAGAACAAAGGAAGCUAAAUUGCAAGUAGCACUUGCAGAAGUUCCGUAUAUCAGGUCUCGCUUGGUGUCUAUCCAUAGAGAUAGCCCAAGUUAUUCCCAAAGUGUGACCCAAAAUAUCAGACGUUCAGGUGAGAUUUACCUGGAACAGAGGUACAAGUUACUACAGGAACAGGAACUGAAGUUAAAAGCAGCUCUGCGGAAAGUUAAAAGACAGAGAGAACUUUUGCGUAAGAAUCGGUUAAAAAGACAAAUUCCCCUCAUUGCAGUUGUUGGUUAUACAAAUGCUGGUAAAACAAGUAUUAUCAAGGCACUAACUAAUGAUGCUGACCUUCAACCUGUUGACCAACUAUUUGCCACUUUGGAUGUCACUGCACAUGCAGGAACUUUACCAAAUCGCCUGAAGGUCAUCUAUAUGGACACUGUUGGCUUCAUCUCAGAUAUUCCUACCAAACUGAUUGAUGCAUUUGCAGCUACACUCGAGGAUGCUAUGAUAGCUGAUUUGUUGAUCCAUGUCCGAGACAUUAGCCACAAUGACACCAAAGCUCAGAAUGCAAAUGUUCACCAGACUCUUAAUACAAUGGUGUCUUCAGAUCAGCUUAAAAACAUGAUUGAAGUAUACAACAAAGUAGAUUUAUUACCUACCGGACAAGAGAUUGAAACUAGCUCCAAAAAUACCCUCUUGACAAAUGCUGUCAGUGGUCAAGGCAUACCUGAUCUCAAGAUGAUUAUUCAAGAAGCUCUACUGUCUACAACAAUGUGGAAACAGAGAAAAUUCCGUAUCUUCCAAGGAAGUCCAUUACUACAAUGGUUGGAAAAGGAGGCGACCAUUUUAUCAGCCGUUCCAGAUUCAAGUCAAGAGAAUCUUAUCGUCACUGUGUUAAUUACGGACAUGCUUUACAACAAACUGAAAGCAAAGUUCAAAAAAACAAGCAAAAAAUUUCCUCGCAUAACCAAAAAUGACUAA